AUGUCUCACAGCGACGAGCUCCACACUGGUAGCCUUUUAUGGCUGGCUGCAGCUGGAUAUGCUAGUUACAUCAUUUAUCACCUGCUUUAUAAUCUCUUUUGGCAUCCACUGGCUACUUUUCCUGGCCCUUCUAUUGCAGCAGUUACUCCUCUUUACAAGGCCUAUAUCGACCUUGUCGCCAAAUCGUCUUUCGUGCAUACGCUUGAGAAGUUACAUUCACAAUACGGUGACAUCGUCCGUGUUGGUCCCGACGAGAUCCACUUUAGUUCUCCUUCAGCGUACUUGGAAAUCUAUAAUGCCUUGAACAAAUGGGACAAAGAAAAGAGCUUAUACCACAGUUUCGGCGAGGAUCGGUCAUCCUUUGGCUUUCUGACAUAUAAUGAAGCUAAGGAAAGAAAAGAUGUAUUAUCCAAGUUGUUUUCAAAAAAAGCAAUCGCAGAUGUUCAGGGACUUGUUUUAGAAAAGGUGGCAAAGUUGUGUGAUUCGUUCGAAAAACUCGGCUCGAAACCUGCAGAUCUUUUUUACGCGUAUCGAUGCAUGUCUGUCGAUGUUAUUACUUAUCUGUGUUUUGGGAACGACAUCAACGCUAUUGGUGCGCCUGACUACGAGGCACCAAUAAUAAAGGCCAUGGAUUCGUCUCUCCCAGUCUUCGUUGGCUUCAAACACUCGUCACUUUUGAAAGGGUCAAUUAUGAACUGUCCUCCGAACUUAUCCAAGAUCGUUAGCCCGGCUACUUCGGGACUUGUGGACUUACAACAGCUCCUUAAAGGUCAAAUAAACGAUUUGACCAAAGAUCCUAAAAAUUUACAGAAUCUACCACACUCAACGACUGUAUACCACCAAUUGCUUCGUCAGGAAGCAUACCGUAGCGGCACUGUUCCUAGUGCUGGAAGCCUCUAUGAGGAAUCUCAAGCUCUACUGUUCGGGGGUGCUGAUACAACCGGAACAACGCUUAUGCAUGGCUCUUUCUAUGUAUUAACAUUACCGACGGUCUAUUCAAAGUUGAAAGCAGAGCUACUGUCUGCUUGGCCCGUUUUAGAUGAUGUGCCCAGCCUAUCUGACUUGGAAAAACUUCCGUAUUUGAGCGCUGUUCUCAAAGAAUCUCUUAGAAUGAGCCCUGGUGUGGCAUCACCACUUCCACGUGUGGUACCACCUUCAGGUGCAACUAUACACAAGACGUUUAUUCCUGGCAACACCGUGGUUGAAAUGAGUAGCCACUUUGUGCACCGCAACGAAACUAUAUUCCCCAACCCAGAUGAAUUCAUUCCCGACAGAUGGCUCGAAUUCAAGGGAAAGGAUCUCGACAAAUGGCUUGUGGCAUUCUCGAAAGGUCCGCGAAGCUGCCUUGGUUCAAACCUUGCCUGGGCAGAGCUCUAUCUCUGCUUUGCGCAUGUUUUUCGGAAGUUUGAGGUUAAGAUUGAUUCCUCUAGUCCUAGAAAGCUUGAGUGGCGCGAUUGUUUCUUGCCAGAGUACCGUGGGCCGCAUUUGAAAGCAAUUUUGACCAAGGUAGCGGCAUGA